ACGGACGGACGGACCCACGAACAGGGUGGCUGUUGCUUGUCGCCGGCGCCUGCCCAGCUCAGAGAGACUGCCAUCGCCAUGAGCGAAACAGCCGACGCCCGCGACUACGUCUCCCGCCGGGAGAUCCCGCAGCUUUUUGAGAGCAUGUUAACGGGCCUCAUGUACUACCGACCAGAAGACCCAGUUAGUUAUCUGGAGCACUGCUUGCAGAAAGUCCGGGAGCUGGGUGGACCCAAGAUGGUGCAAUGGGAUACAUUCAUCACUCAGGAACGACGGGCCAUGCACAGCAAUGGCAGCAGUGGGCAAGGCAAGAAAACCUUCUUCUGCACAGGACUAGGCUUGGCACCAUACAACCAGUACCAGCACCUACCACCCAUUGAAAGCCAGUUCUCCAUUGAGAGUGACUCGGAUAUGACAGAAUUCACAGGCCUGAUCCAAGAAUAUGAUGUAUUUGUCCCUGGUCAACCUCGUCCUAAGAUCAUAUUUGUAAUAGGGGGCCCUGGGAGUGGGAAGGGGACUCAGAGCAAUAGGAUUGCCUCCCAUUUUGGAUUCACCUGCAUCUCCGUUGGUGAGAUCCUGCGCAAGCAGAUGAUUCAUCAUGCCAACAGCGACAGGAAGUGGGAGCUGAUCGCCAAGAUCAUCGCCAAUGGGGAGCUGGCCCCACCGGAAACAACAAUUGAGGAGCUGAAGCAACAAUUUAUAAAGCAGCCAGAUGCGAAAGGCUUUGUGGUGGAUGGCUUCCCCCGAGACAUUGGCCAGGUGUUAACGUUUGAGGAGCAGAUCGGCUCCCCAGAUCUUGUCGUCUUCCUGGCCUGCCCCAGCCAGAAGCUCCGGCAGAGGCUAGAGAAGCGUGCCCAGGAGCAAGGCCGCCUGGACGACAACCCCCAUGCCAUUGGGCGCAGGCUGGAGACAUUCAAGCAGAAUGUGCCCCUGAUAGUGAAGUAUUACCAGGAAAAGGGAACCAUUGUCCGGUUUGCUGCGGACAGAGAGGAGGAGGAGAUUUUUGCAGACAUUGGCUCCUGUGUUCAGCAGCGGCUGCACCUGGAAAGGAUGGAGUUUCCAGAGUCUCCACUGCUGGCGUCGCUGGACAAUCUGUUUAGCCCCAGCCAAGACUCUCCGAAGGAAGAACAGAACUGGGGGCAGGCAGAAGAACUCUUUGUCCCAGAAUUUUUCAGGAUGGCAGCUGAAAAAUUGAAAAACCACAAGAUCAUCUUUGUAGUUGGUGGGCCUGGCUCAGGAAAGGGGACACAGUGCGAGAGGAUUGUUCAGAAGUAUGGUUACACCCACCUAUCCACUGGCGACCUCCUGAGAGCAGAGGUCAGCUCUGGCUCAGACAGGGGGAAGAAACUGUCGGCCAUCAUGGAGAAGGGAGAGUUAGUCCCACUGGACACCGUCCUGGACAUGCUGAGGGACGCCAUGGUGGCCAAGGCAGACACCUCCAAGGGUUACCUGAUUGACGGCUACCCCCGGGAAGUGAAGCAGGGCGAGGAGUUCGAGAAGAAGAUCGCACCCCCAACAUUGCUGCUCUACGUGGACGCUGGCAAGGAAACAAUGGUGAAGCGCCUGCUGAAGCGCGGGGAGACGAGCGGACGAGUCGACGACAACGAGGAGACAAUCAAGAAGCGGCUGGAGACGUACUACAAGGCCACUGAACCUGUCAUUGCCUUCUACGAGAAAAGGGGCAUUGUCCGUAAGCUUAAUGCCGAAGGCUCAGUGGACGAAGUGUUCCAACAGGUCUGCACUCACCUGGAUACCCUGAAGUAAAAGCGCAGGCAAGAGCACCUGUUGGUCUCCACCCCCACCCUCCCCCUUCCCCACAGCUCCCUCCUCUCUCACUCUUUCCCCACUUCCCCACCACCAGUGAAUCUCCCGUUCCUGAUGCCUCUCCCCCUUCCCACUCAAUCUUGCCUCAGAUCCAUGCAGAGGAGCCCCCUCUUUGCCUCCCCACGUGAGCCUCUCUAGUCCCCCUCCUCUCGCCUGCUUCAUCUCCGAUUUCAUCUCUGGGGUUGUGACAGCGGAAGUGGUGUUAUCCUGUUUUCGUGGACGGAGCCUCGUUGGAGGAAAUUUCAAGGACAUUAUGUUUGGCUCCCUAACCUUCUCUCCAAAGUAAAGUUCACUUUCAUGA